GAUGGGGUGUUGUGCAACUACAGAACUCUGCAAGUAACAGGUCGCUAGUGGAAGCAGUUACUGUCAGUACUGGAGUAUUCUGUCAAUAUGACAGUACUGAGUAUAAGUUUUAUACCAGUUCAUGAGUAUUGUGCAACAGGUCGGUACUGGCGUGAGCAGUAUGUCAGUGCAGCAGCACUUUACGGCUGAGAUACCAUGUCAGUAGCUGUCACUGAUAAGCUCCAUAUUAUGUCUGCACGUUCCAGCUGCAGGGCAAGUGAGUUUGUCUCCGUGCCGUGCCCUUCAGUCCGGCGGCUGCACCGGGCCCACCGACUUGCCCAACUUUGAACAACUUUGUGCAUGUUUUCAUCCUUUGCAGUGGGUUGUUAUUCCUGAAGUAUUGGGUGUACUUGUUGCCGUCUGCCCCUUUAAAUGUAUGUUGUAAGAGGGAUAUUGUGCAAGCGGGUGCCUCAGUAGGAGUGUGCAGCUGCCCCGGUGUUACACGCCUGGAGUGGGACUGAUGCCACUGUACUGCCAGAGUUCUCUUUAUUGCACUAUUGUUAGUUCUAGUAUAUUGUGCAGCUACUGACCCCCCCCCCCUCGGCUGGCUGCUGGCUUCCUGCAGUGCUACUCCAAACUCCCUAAGUACCUGCAGCUGUCUGUCUGUGCCGCCGUCUUAGUCCCCACUUAAGAAGCGCACAGUCUGAUACUCUGUUACCGGAUUACGAGGCACCCAGCUGCCCCUCCACUGUGUCCUGUUACUGGGAAAAUCUGAAGCGAUCACCCUCUUAAAUACCCCAACUGCCUGGAUUGCUCUGCACCCAGCUGCCCGUGCAAGUGGCACUGUUUUUUGGGAAAGUAUGCACUUGUUCUCCUUCCAUGUACUCGCUGGAAUAUUCUGCGCCCAGCUGUCAUUCCCAGUGUGUCUGGCGAGGGAGCACUGUGCGCCCAGCCGCUUCUCGUUCCAUUCAUAGAGUCUCAUCGGGGGUGCCUCGAAGGCCGGGUAUCUGCAACCCCGUGCCACUCUACACGCUAUUACUGGUGUGCCGGAGUUCUGUCCUGGGGCUCUCACCUGUUCCUGAUGCUGGGCGUUAAUGUGGGCAACCCUGGCAGAGAUACCUGAAGGAGUAGCGCGGUGCUAUCUUCUCCGUCCUUUGUGCUGCCUUCCGUAGGGAGUGUGGGAUUGUUAGGGAGACUUGCACUGUGCCGCUUCAUGUGGGAGAAAGUUACAGGAACAAAUAGGAGAGCACAUUUACUAGAGCUUCCGGCACUAAUCUCUGCCAUCAGGCACAAAAAGGGAAUUUAUUUCCUUACAGCUGCACCUAUUCAAGAUGUUUUUUAUUUUAAUGCCAUGCAGAACUCCCAAUUAACUCCUCUCGGUGCAGAGAUUCCUUGCACAGAGCUCAGCCGUAACCAGCACAUCCCUGCCUGGAAACUUUUGCCCUCAUCUUGUUCCUUUUGAGCUCAUCCUAAGUAUCAAAGGCUGGGGAAUAAAUGCCUUUAUCCUGUGUUUAAAUGAUGGAAGGAAAAAUAAAAUCAAAUGUUUAGUUUUUGCGCUUGAGUCUUCCAGACUUCGACAAGGUUUGGGUUCUUAAUGUCCUCAUGGUUGGCAGAAAAACAGAUUUGUGAUGGUGAAGGCUUCCAUUGUUGGUCUGAGUUUUGCGGAAAGCUGGUCUAAUGCUCGGCCUGAGGAAGGUAAUUUGCUAUGGAUGUGACUUUGAAGGCUGAGAGAACACUGUUUGCCUAGUAAGAGACCUCAUGGGAGAUUCUGACAGCCUCUUCUGCUGCAUAGUUACACUAUUCCAAGAAUGCAAUAAGCAUCAGGCUCAUUUUGCCCCAAAGGAGCACGCUCAGGAAACUAAAGACUAUAAGGGUAAGGAGAGUGACCUUUUUGGGUGGUUGUAACUGAAGAUUGCUUUGCUGAAGCAACUACUCCUAUAAGGGCUUUGAGUCAUGAUGCAAGAAUCUGGGACGGAGACAAGAAGUAACGAUUCAGCCAUUCAGAAUGGAGCGGGCCCCGGUAACCACCUACUAGAGUGCACGUUGCGGGAAUCGAGGUCCAACGGGGAAACUCCACUCGAAAUAGGGGCCGCCGAACUCGCACAUCUCCAACAGCAACAGGCUCUUCAGGCUGCCCGGCAGAUAUUAAUAAACCAGCAACCACUUAGCGGAAUAAAGACCCACAAGAGGAAUGACAAACAACCAUCUCUCCAGGUUCCCGUCUCAGUGGCUAUGAUGACACCUCAAGUGAUCACUCCCCAGCAAAUGCAACAAAUCCUUCAGCAGCAAGUGCUCACUCCCCAGCAACUACAGGUGCUGCUCCAGCAACAGCAGGCACUAAUGCUACAGCAGCAGCAGCUUCAGGAGUUCUAUAAGAAACAGCAGGAACAGUUGCAGCUUCAGCUGUUACAGCAACAACAUGCAGGAAAGCAGCCGAAAGAGCAACAGCAAGUGGCUACCCAACAGUUGGCCUUCCAGCAACAACUUCUCCAGAUGCAGCAACUACAGCAGCAGCACCUCCUUACUUUACAGAGGCAAGGCCUCCUGUCUAUACAGCCCGGGCAGCCCACCCUUCCUCUGCAACCUCUUGUUCAAGGCAUGAUUCCAGCUGAACUGCAGCAGCUUUGGAAAGAAGUGACAGGCUCGCAUACGGCUGACGACGUGGUUUGCAACAACCACAGCACCUUGGACCUGUCCACGACCUGUGUUUCCUCCACGGCACAGCCGAAAGCUUCCUUGCUCUUAAACUCGCACGCGUCCACCAAUGGGCAGGCCUCAGUUCUUACUCUUAAACGGGAGAGCUCAUCCCACGAGGAGUACGCGCAGAACCACUCUCUGUAUGGACACGGCGUGUGCAAAUGGCCGGGCUGCGAAGCAAUUUGUGAAGAUUUCCCAUCAUUUCUAAAACAUCUCAACAACGAGCAUGCACUGGAUGACAGGAGUACGGCCCAAUGUCGGGUUCAGAUGCAAGUGGUGCAGCAAUUAGAGUUACAGCUAUCAAAAGACAAGGAACGUCUCCAAGCCAUGAUGACACAUUUACAUGUGAAGUCGACAGAACCCAAAGCAAGUCCCCAACCUCAGUUGUACACUACAUGUAGUAGGGAGAAUGGAUGGAUCUAUAGUAGCCAACAGCUGGAGGAAGGAUUCACUGGCAUACUUAAAGGGCUGAACCUAGUAUCGAGUGCCACCCUUUCAAAGACAGUGUCAGAAGCGUCCCCACAAAGCUUACCUCAUACUCCCACCACCCCAACCGCGCCACUCACUCCCAUCACCCAAGGACCUUCUGUCAUCACUACCACCAGCAUCCACAACGUGGGGCCCAUCCGGCGGCGGUACUCUGACAAAUACAACGUGCCCAUCUCUUCCGAUUGGAUGAUCUCUGUUGACUUUCUGUCGUUGCCAGACAUUGCACAGAACCAAGAGUUUUACAAAAAUGCUGAAGUCAGACCACCCUUCACGUACGCAUCUUUAAUUAGGCAGGCAAUCCUUGAGUCUCCAGAAAAGCAACUAACACUAAACGAAAUCUACAACUGGUUCACGCGACAGUUUGCCUACUUUCGACGCAACGCAGCAACAUGGAAGGGUGCCAUUCGCACCAACUUGUCCCUGCAUAAGUGCUUUAUCAGAGUAGAGGAGGAGUAUGGGUCCUUUUGGACUGUUGAUGACGAAGCCUUUAAACGUGGCCACCAUAUUCACAGAGGCCGUCCUCGAAAACCCUGCCCUGAUGAACACUUUGACCAGCUUGUUGCACAUAGCCCUUCGCUUAUUAAAAAUAUUCAGACAAGUCACGCCUACUGCUCACCUCUCAGCGCCGCUUUGCAGGCUUCAAUGGCAGAGAACAGUUUACCUCUAUACACUACUGCAUCCAUGGGAAAUCCUGCCCUCAACAGCUUAGCAAAUGCAAUGAGAGAAGACUUAAACGGAGUCAUGGAGCAUACGAAUAGUAAUGGAAGCGACAGCAGCCCGGGACGUUCCCCUAUGCAAGGAAUGCACCAAGUGCAUGUUAAGGAAGAACCACUGGAUCCCGAUGAGAACGAAGGUCCACUAUCGUUAGUAACAACAGCAAACCACAGUCCCGAGUUUGACCCUGACAGAGAUUAUGAAGAUGAACCUGUAAAUGAGGACAUGGAGUAAAACUGUCUCACAUCACAGUCCCGAGAAGGAAGACAGUCCGUGGCUGCUGGAGCUCUCCCCCCUUAUUGUACAGUCUGGAGAACCCACAGCCAUUCAAACGACUCUGAUGCGUUAACUCUUAGUGCCAUCAAGUAUCCCAUUUGGGAGUAUUUUUGAUUUUUCUACUUUUUUUGUUGAAAAAAAAAUUUAAAAAAAAAAACAGGAAUUUGUACUCAGUGCAUUGGACGGACUUGUUUGGUACUCGGAAUUCCCUCUCUCUUACAGUCGCCAUCAGUGUUGUAAAUGUGCGAAACUGGUUUCACUUCUCCACACGCAGCGGACAUUGGACUGCAGUGCUGCCAAAUCCCGGACACGGAGGACAUGGAUAUAGAGCAUGUGUGUCCGGAACUGCAGCUCGUCCCUCUGCCCCGGGGGGGGGCGCAACGUUUCCAAUGGACAAAGUAUUUGCACAGUACUGCAUGUAAUAUUGAUUAUCACUGCCUUUCAAUCAAUUCCUUUGCUUCCAUUUGGGAUGGGGGAUGACAUUUUAUAUAUGUGUGUGGGACAGAGACAGAGGCAGAGUAAUUAUCCCAAACUUCUUAAUGUAUUGCUUUUUGUUUUUAUUGUACUACAACAAUUUAAGUUCUGACCUCAGGCCUCCGCUUCAGGCCCAAGGCCUCUCCGAGGCGUAAUGUUUUCUGUACUUUUGUGAUGAAUGUUACCGGGUGUUUUUUUUUUUUUUUAUUAUAUGAAGCCGAAUGUCAUUCACUUGUUUGUAGUUUUAAUGUCAUUCAUUCCACUUUGCUUGAGUUGCCAUCCAGGCUUUCUUUUUUCUUCAGCCACUGAUAAGCCAUUCCAUGUUUUAUUCCCUCAAACGCAUCCAAACUGCCCUUGACAAUAGUGACUUGGAUCUUCUAUAUUAUACUGCAAGAAUCUGACCGAAUGAAUGAAUGAUGGAAAUAGGAACAUUUUUUUUAUACUGUGUGCCCAUUGUUCCGGUAGUAUAUUUAUCCCCGGCAGACGGGGACGAAGGGUCACCACUUACAACUAUACAGCACAAGCCAUUAUGCAGCUCUCAGAGGAAGUGGUAGCAAAUUAAUGCUUUAGAAUUCCACGAGCCGGACUGCCGCACAGUCUUUGUAAGCCAAUGUCUGUCCUCUUCAACCUUUUCAAUUUGCCAAUGACAGUCCGCGACCUGGAGACCAGGAACGUUGACACUUUGACCAGGGGGCGGUAGUGAUUUUUGGCAAAACGAGCCUCCAAAAGAUUAUUGAGUUUAUGCCCAUAUUUUAUAGUCCUUUGCCAGUAGAGAUCUUUUUGUCGUUGUUGUAUUUGCUGCCAUAAAGAAGACGCCAGUGUCAUACGUAGGCUGCUUAACCAAACGUGGGCCAAUGAGACCGUUCAUGGACCUUCUUAAGUAUCUCAGAUCAGAGAGAGAAGCGACGAUGGGAUCUGGUAGCAGAGUUAAAAAAUAAGAAGUUCAACUAUGACAAGGGGCUCGAUGUUCUGUCUGAGUCCAAUCUUGCUAUUGGCCGAGACAAUAAGCUGAGAUCUUGCUAUGGACAUUAAAGGUGCAGUCCCUAUUGCAUUGUAACCUUUCCCGGCCAUGUCUUCUCUUUCUGCUUUCUGUUCCACUCCCUAUUCCGCCUGGUUUCCUUCCAGGUCCUGCAGAUAAUCGCGGUGGGUGGGCCUUUUUAAUGGAAAAGCUUUUUUUUUUCACCAAAAACCUUUAUUUUUUGUUGUUGCUAUCCCUGUAUAUUGCACUUUUUAAAGUCUGUGUAUAAUUUAUUACCUCAGGCUCAACCACACCGAUAGCACUGACAUUGGGUUGUGAUAUCUUACUGUGUUUUACACUAAGGAUUUUUAAGCUUUCAUUCGCCUCCGUUUUUGAUUUUUUUUUUUUUAAUGCUGAGCCAAAUCUUCUAUAAAAUGGACAGAAAAAGCGCGAAGAAAAAAAAAGGUUCGAUCUUACAAUGUACAGAGAGGCGGGGCUGCACUUUUAAUUCAACAACAAGUAUCUCUGUCCCAGAACACUCAGACACUUCAGUCCUCCAACCACUGUAUCAUUCAUAUAUUUAUGUAGGAGGGUAGCUUUCCCGUUAUUCUGCGUACAAUCCCUAUCAGUUUAACCCAUGGUGGGGGCUGCAUUAUUCUGCAGUAUAAUAUUCCACGAGUCAACGAGCAGCCGGGGGUUGGCCGAUCUUCUCCUUUUUUUUUUGUUCCCCUAAACUACCAAAGAUUUUUCACAAAGCUAAAUGAUGUUCUUUGUUACACGCUUUAUCUUCCUAAGCCAAAUAUCCUCUUGUUGUUCAUCAAAGGAGGCAGCUGAUACUAAAGGGGGAAACCAGCAAGGAUUAUUAGGCUUAUUGCUUGUGCUCUAGGAAACCGCUUCUAAGUUGAUUCAGAAAUUACGUUCGCAAACCAAAGUAGGUCUUUUUUUUUUCUGUUUCUCCAUUGUGACCAAAAAAGGAAAAGCUACAUUUUUGGGAACAGUAUUAAUUUGGGUGCAAAUGGGGCGUGAUUGAUAAUGAAGCCCAGUGGGUGUUUCGGGACUUCAACAAUCAAGAUAUUCCACCGUCCUUCAUAAAGGAUUUGGCCAAAUACUGAACCGAAUGGUUGGAAGGGUUACAUUUUCAACUUCUGUGUUUAUGUGACAAAAAGUCACGUGAUUUUUUUAGAUUCGAUUCAGUUGGCGGAAUCCAAAUCCUGCCGAAUCUUGGGCAAACCCCGAACUGAAUCCUGGAUUCGGUGCAUCCCUAGUUUGAGAUUGGUUCAGUGUUUUAAUAUGGGAGGGGCAUGCAGGUUAAGUCUUCAUAUGAUACUGCUCUGUCCAAUAGAAGACCCAGAUGGUUGGUGUGGUCCACCAUCUUUAAAGUUUUACAGAUUGCCCUAAGUUCUUUUUUUAAUGAACCCAGCCAUGAUUAAUUAAAAAAAAAGUGGGUGCCUCACUAUUGUAACCCAAUUUCUCGCCUCUAUAUUUGCAGUUCUGGUUACAAAAAAUCCACAGCAAGUGAUUGGUGUCACCAGUAGAGAGAUUCUUUCAUAAGCUAUUGUAUUGUGUCAUUGUAAAUCAAAAACCCAAAGCACUAUUUUUUAUAGCACAUUGUCAGAAGUUUGGUUGACAUUUAGCUAAACUGCCAUAUCAAAAGCUGGUACCUUUAAAAAAUAAGUGAGAUGAAUAGAAAGUAACGCAGCAGACCAAAAAAUAAUAAUAAUACAAAAUAUAUACUUACAUUUUAUUGAAUAAAUGUGAGAUUCUUGGCACUUCUACAUUGUGUUGGCUUGACCCUUUUGCCUCGAAUAAUAUUAUUGGCCCCUUUAGUUGAAGGGCCUUCCAAUUUCUUAAGCACUAAAAGGAGAGUCAGGGAAUAGUUGGGGGUUUGUAUAAGCCAGUACACUCCUCUCUGCUCCGAAUAUUGUCUCACAAUAUACGCUUCUGCCAUAUUCUUUUCCUCUGAUCUGAUAGGAUGUGAUUGACUCCUUGGUCAUUUCCACACCUGCCCACUCAUGUUUUUUCUUCUUUUUUUUUUAAUAAAUAAAACAUAGGCAGACUUUUCUCUUUUCUUUUACAAGGUUACCAAUUUUUUGCUGGUUUCGAGAUCUAACAGUGAACACAAAUCCGGUAGAUCUGACCAUUCUCGGCUUAGCUAAGUUUUAAGCGAUACAGCACGAGGAACAUGUAAACAUACCUCAGUCCUAACCUUUAUGGAAUUAUUCAUCCACCGAUACAUUUCACUAAGUUGCACUUAGUUUGUCGUUGCAUGCAAACACAACUAUGAAAAAAGAAAAAAAAAAUUCUGCAUCUCUCACAAAAGAACCGACUGAAAAAUCUCAGGCUUAACAUCCAGCAAACUCCACUAUACAAUUGUCUUUUACUUUCCCAUUUCCCAUUACCGAUUUUAUUUGAGUUUCACUUACUGUACAUAUAAUUGGAAUAUGUCUGUGUGAGCAUUUAUAUCGAGGGAGGGGCCAGACGACGGGAUAAUCCUUGUUUCUAUUUUUUUUUUUUUAAAAAUGUCUUUGCUGUUCUUUUUUUUUUCUUUCUAAUAUUCCUUGCAAUUUGUUUGUCAGCCACCAUUGCUUUGUUGUGCAACCGCUUUAUAUUAACUCUACUAAGAAAAAAAAAUAGCUUUCAAAAAAAAAAAAAACUACUGUAUGUAACAAAAAUGCAGAAAAUGCUGCGUAUGUAUUUUAUUUAGUUACCCUGCUUUAAACGGAAAAAAAAGAUGGAUGACGUUCGCCGACAACGUGGGAGAAAAUCCCUCGAUAUUUUGCUUUCAAACUGUAACAUAGUUGACAGAUUUUUUUUUUUUUUUCUAUCAUUGAUUGAAGCAUUUUGUACAGUUUUUUGUGUUUUUUGCCAGUUUUUUGAUACUUUUCAACCCUUUUAUGUUUAUCCUACCACUGCCUUUUCUGGCUGUCUUAAGAAAAACGAAAAAAAAAAAAGUUCAUAUGUUUAAAGUACAAACAAAAAAAGAAAAAUGUUUUAAAGUGUUUCUCCUCCUGCAGUAAAUAUUUUGCAUGGUGAAUCCUGGUAUCACAAUUUCAAAAGUUUAUCGAUGAUUAACUGGGAGUGUCGAACUAUUAAACUUUUGUAUAAAACACUUUACAAGGUGCCAAGAUGUAAAGAAAAUUUGUUACAUGUUUUUUGUUUUUCUUUUUUUUUUUUUUUCUUUUCUCAAAGAAAUACAUUAAGUGGGCGGUACCGCCUAUCCGGUAUCUCGCUGUCAGGAAUGAGGGUCACAAAAGCCUCCGUGAUUGGCCCGUCGGUCUUUUAAAAUUGCCAAUUUCUCGAGUAGUAAGAGAAUGAGGGUCACAAAAGCCUCCGUGAUUGGCCCGUCGGUCUUUUAAAAUUGCCGAUUUCUCGAGUAGUAAGAGAAAAAAAAAGUCAAGGGGUUUUUGUCGGACAAAAUCAAAAUUGGUCACAAAAUCUGGCGGAAUUUAUUUUGAUCUUUUUCACACACAGAAAAGUCUUUGAUGCAUUGCUGAUUCGUCGGCAAAAAGAUUAAUCCGAAUGUUUACAAAUCCUUCCAUUGUGUUUGUGCCAUUGGCCUAACUUUUUAUUUUUUUCUGUUUGCAUUGUUUCCGCAUCCUCAUCUGUUCUGAUUACUUCUGCUUCAUGGGCCAAUGUUAUUUGUUUGAUGUCGGCCAAGCCAGAUUUUCCAAGGUUGCAAUAUUGUCCCAAGCUAAAUACACAACCCGAGUGUAAAAGCCACGAGCCUCGAUGACAAUGGUACAGUCCAGACUGUUAGCUUGGUGCUCCGUGUCUAUGUCUUGCCAAUGACAGGAUAUUUUGUUUUGAAAAGGCCUAAAAGAAACUCAUUCCUUACAUCAAUUGUAAUUUCCAUCAUUCCAUGUCUGUUGGUGCAGACAAUAAUAAAAAAAAAAACAAAAAAAAACUUGUGUAGUCAGUACUGAUUACUGACAGUAUAGCAUUCUCUAAUGCAAUAAAAUGCUGGUUGUUCACA